AUAUAUGUUUACAUCACUUCCUGCUGAACUAACAACAUCUCUGGAUCAUAUUUAUUUUCUAGCAGCCAGUAAUCAUGGCAGAAACAUCAGGAGCACGUUCUGUUCUCAGGGAAGUCAAAAAUAUCCUUAGAACCUUUCAGCGAAAUGCAGAAGAAGGCUCUUUGGAAAUUAACAAUUCUAAUUUGAGGUUGCUUCAAAUGACCAAAACACAGUUUGACAGAAUUUCAGUACAAAUACCAGAGAACAUUCGUAUAGAAAUAUCACAUUCUUUAGAGGAUUUGUUGAGUUUCUUUGAAAAUAUGGAAGAUUCUCAGUCAAGCAGUAGUACUUUUACAACUCAACGCAGACGAGAAGGUGGCCAUGGUUUACCAAAGAUAUUGAUUACUAGAGAACAACUUCAAAUUUAUAUUUUACGAGGAUAUACUGGACAGAAGAUUGCUGACCACUUAGGUUGUUCUGUGUCAUAUAUCUACAAGAGACUUAAAAAGGAAGGACUGUCCCCACGCAGUAAAUUCAGUGGCAUUACUGACAAUGAACUUGAUAAUGAAGUAAAACUGCUCCAUUCUCAAUAUCCAAAUUCUGGGACAGAGAUGAUCAGUGGAUAUCUUAGAGCAAAGGGAUUAAUUGUACAAAGAAAAAGAAUACGCAGCUCUUUAAUGAGAAUUGACCCUAUGAGUACUGCAGGAAGAUGGGCCCAGGUAAUCCAAAGAAGAUCAUACCGAGUUGCAUCCCCAAACAGUCUCUGGCACAUGGACAGCCACAUGAAUUGAUAAGAUGGGGAUUUACUGUUCAUGGAUGUAUUGAUGGAUUCUUGCGUCUUAUUCCGUAUUUAAAUUGUGCAUUGGAUAACAAA